GCGGGGGAGAGGAGGCACGAGAGGAUGGAGAGAGACCCGGAUGCUGAUGCGAGUGGAGCGAAGGAAGGAGGAGAGAGAGAAAAUAUCGAUUUACGGCAAUAAAACGGAGCAUCAUCCGAGCGGCCUUUACCUGGAGGUUAACUGUAGUCAGAAAGUGAGAAGGGGGAUAAAGCAGCGGACAGCGGCCCUUCGUGUUUUCUCACCUGUGCACCCGCCAGUGACGGAGGAGGACACGCCAAAAGGAGAGCGAAAAAAGAUGCUGUGAUCCGCUACUUGCAGUGAUGUAGGGAGGCAGAGACGGAGCAGAGGCAGGGAUGGAGGGGGGGCCACUGUGCUAAAGAUGGUUGUUUGGAAUUUAAAACGCCUUUCGUUCGGAAAUAUUGCGGGGAUGUGGCGGCGGACUGACGAAUUUUCGGCUUUGCUGAGAAACUUCAGGCGUUGUCCGCUCUUUUGACAGCCGCUAGCAGAGACGUUGAAGCUAAAGCUAGCCUCGCUGCUGCUGUGUGGGAGAACGGUGGCGAGGCUACCUAAAAUAGCAUGGAGUUCCACUUGUAAAAUAGGCCCAACAGAGAGAAUAACAUUGAUUUAUUUAUUUUUUUCUGCGCGAGCGCUGUCACGCCACACGACGCAAACGCCUCUUGGGAGUCCUAGUUUGGACAUAUUUUAGGCGCGUGAGCAAAUUAUACAAAUAAUAAGCUAAACCAGUUAACCCAGUACGUCACCGUCACAGCCAUUCCUCUGCUUUAUUUGAACUAGCUAUUUGUGUUAAAUACUUUAGGAUGUUUAGCAUUGAUCAGAAAACCAGAACAUGUAGCUUGGUUUCUUUUGCAAACCCCAGUUUCCUCAUUUAUUUGCUGUAAAUGUUGGACUUGUGCUGAUUUACAUGUGACAUGGUAACCUCAGAGGAAUCCCUGUCCUAAACCCCUUCUCCCCUGUAACAACCCCUGUACAAAUCACAGUAAUCGCAAUAAUAGCAGUGCAGUAUUAGUUCUAUUUGUGCGUUAGCCUUCAGUGAGAGCAGUAUGAGUAAGGAACUGUCUCUGAGUCAGUCAGCUCAGUAUGUCGGGCCCUAUCGUCUGGAGAAGACUCUGGGGAAGGGGCAGACAGGGCUGGUCAAGCUGGGGGUCCACUGUAUCACGGGUCAGAAGGUAGCGAUCAAAAUAGUCAACAGAGAAAAGCUGUCCGAGUCAGUCCUGAUGAAGGUUGAAAGAGAGAUUGCCAUUCUGAAGCUGAUAGAGCAUCCGCAUGUGUUGAAGCUGCAUGAUGUUUACGAGAAUAACAAAUAUCUUUACCUGGUGUUGGAGCAUGUGUCAGGGGGGGAGCUCUUUGACUACCUGGUGAAGAAGGGCCGGCUAACUCCAAAAGAAGCCAGGAAGUUCUUCAGGCAGAUCAUCUCUGCUUUGGAUUUCUGCCACAGUCAUUCCAUCUGUCACAGGGAUCUAAAACCGGAGAACUUGCUCCUGGACGAGAAAAACAACAUUCGGAUCGCUGACUUCGGUAUGGCCUCCCUACAGGUGGGGGACAGUCUGUUAGAGACCAGCUGUGGAUCACCACAUUAUGCUUGUCCUGAAGUUAUACGGGGGGAAAAAUAUGAUGGACGGAGAGCGGAUGUGUGGAGUUGUGGGGUCAUCCUGUUUGCCCUAUUAGUGGGUGCCCUGCCUUUUGACCACGACAAUUUACGCCAGCUCCUGGAAAAAGUGAAGAGUGGGGUAUUCCAUAUGCCUCAUUUUAUACCCCCAGACUGCCAGUCCCUGCUCAAAGGCAUGAUUGAAGUCAACCCUGAAAAAAGACUUACGCUAGAGGCGAUCCAGAAACAUCCCUGGUAUAUCGGUGGCCGUAACGAGCCGUGUCCCGAGCAGCCUCCUCCCAGACGAGUGUGUGUGAGGCGCAUCCUGUCUCUGACUGAGCUGGACCCAGACGUGCUGGAAAGCAUGUAUUCACUGGGAUGUUUCAGAGAUCGAGUCAAGCUUACACGGGACUUACAAUGUGAAGAAGAAAACCAGGAGAAGAUGAUCUAUUACCUAUUGCUGGAUAGAAAGGAGCGAUACCCCAGCUACGAAGACGAGGACUUACCUCCGCGCAAUGACGUAGACCCUCCUCGAAAGCGCGUCGACUCUCCAAUGCUGACGCGCCAUGGCCGCUGCCGACCGGAGAGGAAAAGCUUGGAAGUGCUGAGUGUUACAGAACAGGGGUCUCCUACCCCACCCCGCAGGGCUUUGGACACAGCUGCACACAGCCAGAGGUCUCGCUCAGUCAGUGGAGCAUCAAGUGGUCUCUCAUCCAGCCCUCUUAGCAGUCCCAGGUCCUAUCAGAGCCCCGUUUUCACUUUCAGCCAAUCAGACGUCACCUCUUCCACCGCAUCUCCUCUCACAAAGGAGUCCAAACAAGGAACGGCCACCACUCCUCGCUCGCCUCGGGCUCACGACAAGCCCAAAGCACCCUCCAAUCCCAAGACCCAGACCCUGCCCACCAAAGGACCUGCCGAACGGCCCCAUCUCCAGCCCAUCAAAUCCCUGCCUCUGCACAACCCAUCCUCCCGCUCGCCCUCACCUUCCCCACUCCUUUCACCCAUUCCCCGUUUCUUCUUCCCUUCAUCCUCUGUCCUGAAGUCGGUGACUAAGAGCCUCUACCCAAACUCUGCCCACUCUGUACCACAGGUUACUCCCCAGGGCUCUCCGCUGCCCACACCGUUGGGCACCCCUGUCCACCACCCUCACCACCCUUCUUCUACCCCGCCUUCCUCUUCUUCCUCCUCGUCCUCCUCGCGGGCAGAGGGAGGGGGUGGGGUGGGCUCCUUGUCGUUGACCCCGCCCUCCAGUCCAGGAGGGGGAAGUGGAAUGGCGGCCAGCAGCUCUGCCCACUGGAGGACUCGCCUGAACUCCUUCAAGAACAACCUUUUGGGUUCUCCCCGGUUCCAUCGCCGUAAAUUACAAGUUCCUACAUCAGAAGACAUGUCCAGUCUAACCCCAGAAUCCAGCCCAGAGCUAGCUAAGAAGUCGUGGUUUGGGAAUUUCAUCAGCUUGGAGAAAGAGGAGCAGAUCUUUGUUGUGAUCAGAGACAAACCUUUAAGUUCUGUUAAGGCUGACAUUGUCCACGCUUUCUUAUCAAUCCCAUCUCUCAGCCACAGCGUCCUUUCGCAGACCAGCUUUCGGGCCGAGUACAAGUCCUCCGGCGGUCCCUCCGUCUUCCAGAAGCCCGUCAAAUUCCAAGUGGACAUAGCUUUUUCAGAGAGCGAGAGGGAGCGAGACAGGGAGAGGACAGAGAGGGAGGGCAGGAGGGAGGCAGGAAUCUACAGCGUGACGUUCACCCUUAUAUCAGGCCCGAGUCGCAGAUUCCGACGGGUGGUGGAAACGAUCCAAGCUCAGCUCCUCAGCUCUCAUGAUCAACCGCUGAUGCAAGUCCUAUCUGAUCCCUUCCCAGAUGAGAAGAACAGCCGGCCCCACGGGACUCCCACCCGCCAAAACUCGAGGCGCUCUGAGGGUGGGGGCGACAGGUGCGAGUGGGGAGACCGAGCAGAUGGCGGAUGCAUAGGAGGAAGCGGAGGUGUUCUGCAGCGCAGAGGGUCAGCAAAAGAGAGAACCCGUCUGCUGUCCUCGAACGGAACCCAAUCCCAACCAUAGGAUAGAAGACCAGGCUGCAGCGGGCUCCAACCAGAAAAGACUCUGCGUAACUUCAUUUCCAAGUACCCCUGCAAGCUGUGAGCUGCUAUUCUUCCUUGACUAAGUUACUAACGUUGUUUGACUCUAGCAAGGAUCGAGCUUUUUCCUUCCAUCAAGCUUUUUUUGUUUGAUCUUACGGAUCACCAGGAUCUCUGUCCCACAUGAGAAAGAAGAGGUGUGGAACCAGCCUACAAAGGAAAAAGAUCACAUGGACGGGCAUUGCAUCAUAGACACAGCUUCACAGAAUUAACUGUAUCAUGAAGUGCAACUGUGCAUGCCAGUUAGCAAACCAGCUUGCUAAAGGAUGCUGACAUGACUACAUAGGCUAGUCUCUACUUUGAGGAAUCUGGCGCCAAAAAAAUGGAUGGCUCUGUGGUGGUUCUUUAAUUUACUCUUUAAAUUAACCAAUGCGCUUGUAUCAGAGUUAAGCCUCAUGCAGACAGUAGUCUAAACACGACAGGAGAAUCCUUUACCAACACCAAAUGAAUGAGAGAAUAUGAACAAAGAUCCAGUUUUUUGUUUCUAGAGAAACUGUAUCUUGAAAUAACUGAAGUCUCUCUCUCGAUAAAAACAAAACCAAUGAAGUAAGCUAAGUAUGUGAAUGUGAAAAAAACUGUAUUUAGUUGGUAUUUCUUUUUCUUUUGAGGAUGUUUUUUUGCACAGUGAUUACCAUAGAGACACCAGUUGAAACACUUGGAAAGAAGGUCUAUCAUGCACCUACAGUAUAUGCAGGUAUUUGCUAGAACCUCUACUUUAUUUAUCAUUUUGUAUUUCCUUUUUACUCAAAGAUUACAUCCAGUAAUGGCCCUCUAAGUUUGCAUUGAACCACCAUCGAUCUGUGAUGUUUUUAUUUGAUCAGGUAUGUGAACAUGACUAUAUGAAAAGAAAACAUCCGUGAACCGUUUCAUGAACUUCAUCGGAGCUGUUUGUCCCCCAGACUGAAAAAACAAACAGAACUCCUGGACUUUGGAUCGAACAAAAACCACCUUUCCUGUCAAAUCUGUCUCCUGUUGCCAUAGUGUCACACACUGACUUGUAAUAAAAUAAAAAAAACAACACACAAAGGAAUUUUAUUAAUGGACAUUUUCAUAAUGCCGGACUUGAAAGACUUGCAGCAUCGAUUCUGUGUUGGAGAAUACAUGAAAGUGGAAUGCAAGCCUAACCCUGCUGUCUUCACAUCGUUCACCAACAAGCCAAGUAGUUCAUAGCUGCCCAUCACUGAGUGUUGCACCAUUCUGCAAGCAGACGUAGCAACUUGGACAUUCAUGUAUUCCUCCAAUAUUCUGUAAGACCAGUCAGUGUUGUUCACCAGUCUUCCAUACAGCACAAUAUGCAACAAGAGUGCAGGAUGUUUUCAGAGCACUGCUACAGGUCCGCUUCUUUCAGCUGCAUUUUAAUUGUAACUAUUUAUUUAUUUGCUUAUUUAUUUAUCAUGUGGUUUAUUUUGGUUAACACGGUACAUUUCAUGCCAAUAUCGUGCAUGGAUCAAACGGAAAUGACAAAAAAGUCCUGUUGGGGUUCAUCCCUGAUCAGUUAGAAGUGAAUCGUAUACCUCUUGUGUGCACUUCCUUCCAUUUCAAAUGAUUUUGCACUCUUUCUGUUGUCGACGAUGCUCAUCUGCAUCAUCUCUGAUCAUGUUUCAGAUAGAUUAUUAAUAACUCAAAUAAGGCCGACUUCAACUUCUCCGCCAAUGCAUUAUGAGCUGAAUGUUUAGCCAUUUUUGUCUAGCCCAAUAACAUUGAAUCGAUCAUCCGAGUAAAACCCAAACACAUUAUUUCUCACAGCUAAUUUGAGAUAUUUUGCAUUUUUGCCUUGUUCCUUUGAUGUGCCUGUCAGCCGCUUCACCUCUGUUGUGUUGUCUGUUAUCACAAGAGAAAACGUACAAAGUUGUUUGCCUCACUGUCCAUACACAAUUUCUAUUGUUCACCAUCAUCACGUUUAUUUAGUCACUUCCACUUCCCUUUCAUUGAUCCAACUCUGGCUAAGAUUGUAAACUAUUCUCCAUUCAUAAAGGUUGCUAGAGUAAGGUGUUAAAAAAGAAAGGAAAAAAUAUGUCUGUAAAAUAAUUUAAAUAUAAAAAGUGCACUAUGAUAACUAUUGCCUGUGAUUAAAAAAUAAAAUUAUGAUUAAAUUGAUGGUCAAAAUAAAGACAGUUCCCCCUUAUUGUUAUGAUUACA